AUGACGGUAGGUUGGAAGGUCAAGGAAAAGGCGCGGAAAGAGGAGGGGAAGGACGUAGAACGACAACCGUCCAGGACUUCCCGAGAUUCGUCCUAUUGCCCGGACAACUUCAAAGUGAACGAGUGCACGGUAACCAGUACCGUUAGAAGUGUCCCAGCUAGAACCAGGAAGGAGCUGGAGGACAUCAGGACCCCUCGUACUUCGUACGCCAAAAACCCAGUCCGCAACCGGACGUGGACCCGUGUCGAGCCUGCGCCUCAUCCGGGUAUCCCGGACACCCUCGAUGGUGCUCCGAAGGUCCCGGUCGAGCACGCCAUCCAGUACACCAACCCCGGAGGCUGCGCCACGAUACGGCGAGCGCCGGAGCUGCAGCCAGCGGCUGCGCCGCAUGACGGCGAGAAGCAGCAACCACAACAGAAGGAGAGGAAGCGGCGUCCCCGGAAGCUGAGUCGGAGAACGGGGCCCCAAGAAGAAGAAAGGAACAAGCGAACAAGCGAACAAGCGAACAAGCGAACAAGCGAACAAGCGAACAAGCGAACAAGCGAACAAGCGAACAAGCGAACAAGCGAACAAGCGAACAAGCGAACAAGCGAACAAGCGAACAAGCGAACAAGCGAACAAGCGAACAAGCGAACAAGCGAACAAGCGAACAAGCGAACAAGCGAACAAGCGAACAAGCGAACAAGCGAACAAGCGAACAAGCGAACAAGCGAACAAGCGAACAAGCGAACAAGCGAACAAGCGAACAAGCGAACAAGCGAACAAGCGAACAAGCGAACAAGCGAACAAGCGAACAAGCGAACAAGCGAACAAGCGAACAAGCGAACAAGCGAACAAGCGAACAAGCGAACAAGCGAACAAGCGAACAAGCGAACAAGCGAACAAGCGAACAAGCGAACAAGCGAACAAGCGAACAAGCGAACAAGCGAACAAGCGAACAAGCGAACAAGCGAACAAGCGAACAAGCGAACAAGUGAACAAGUGAACAAGCGAACAAGCGAACAAGCGAACAAGCGAACAAGCGAACAAGCGAACAAGCGAACAAGCGAACAAGCGAACAAGCGAACAAGCGAACAAGCGAACAAGCGAACAAGCGAACAAGCGAACAAGCGAACAAGCGAACAAGCGAACAAGCGAACAAGCGAACAAGCGAACAAGCGAACAAGCGAACAAGCGAACAAGCGAACAAAUGACGACGAUGAUGAUGAUGGUUUCCUUUGCGUCUGA